UUUGUUUAAAAUCAGCGAGAUUCUGAUUUCCGAAAGUCAGUGAAAGCAACUAACAGGAAGUUCUCACAGCCUUCGAAGUCCGGACACUAAACCCCGGCUGUGCGUAAUUUUGUGUCCUCUGGCUGUUUUCUCCGAAAACUGCCAAGUAAUUAUGGUCAGAUACAAAGGCCAAUGGCAAUGGAAACAGUGUUGUCCAAGUCUGGACUGUUGUGUUUGGUAUGUAGUUAUAAGUUUAAUAAGGUUAAGACGCGACUGAAUUUAGUGGGUUUCCUUGGGUUACAUUCCCUUCAGGUGUCCAUCAGGUGGAGGAACUCGAGUGCUAGGUGUGGUUGGGGCGCUGAAGCCAUGGAGAAGCCGUCAUCUUCAGACAGAGCUGAGCUCGAGGAGAGAAAAGGCCUGGUGGAGGAUGGUGGCGAGCCUAGAGGUGCUGAGGGUGGAGAGGUGGAUGCUCGGACUCCAAGGAAGAGCAGCUCCUCCCGCAAAAGCUUCCGCCUGGACUACCGACUGGAGGAAGAAGUGACAAAGUCGUGUCGGGACAAACAUGGCCGCUGGGCUAACCCCUGGCCAACGUGGCGCUUUCCUUCCUACUCGAUGCUGUUCAGGUUCCUGUUCUUAGAAAAAGAUAACAGCAAUGUACCUGCUAGUAAAGAGGCCCUGGAUCGUGAGCUCCCCGUGAUGGAGCCAUACUUUGUGCAGAACCCAAACCUCUCUGGCUCUGGUCCAGGACUGAGAGUCACAUGGCUGGGCCAUGCCACAGUUCUGGUUGAAAUCGAUGGGGUGAAUGUUCUGACGGAUCCAAUCUUCAGUCAGAGGGCAUCGCCGAUCCAAUAUAUGGGACCCAAAAGAUUCAGAGGUCCUCCUUGCACUGUGGAGCAGCUUCCUAGGAUUGAUGCUGUGGUCAUCAGUCACUCUCAUUACGAUCAUCUGGAUGCUGGAUCUGUGGCCAGUCUUAAUGCUCGCUUCGGAGGAGAGCUACGCUGGUUCGUGCCAAUGGGUUUGAUGGACUGGCUGGUGAAGAUGGGCUGUGAGAAUGUGAUGGAGCUGGACUGGUGGGAGGAGAACUGUGUCCCAGGUCAUGAUGAUGUCACGUUUGUUUGCACACCCUCGCAGCACUGGAGCAAACGCACAGCAUGGGAUGAUAACAAAUCUUUAUGGAGCAGCUGGACUGUUUUGGGUCCAGACCAUCGUUUCUUCUUUGCUGGCGACACUGGCUACUGUUCUUCCUUUGCGGAAAUAGGACGCCGCUUUGGACCAUUUGACCUUGCAGCAAUCCCUAUCGGAGCAUACCUGCCCAGAGAUGUGAUGAAAGGACAGCAUGUAGAUCCAGAGGAGGCCGUUCAGAUUCACGAGGACCUUCAGGCCAGACAGUCGGUGGCCAUUCACUGGGGCACCUUUGCCCUCGCGUAUGAGUAUUACCUCGAUCCACCUCUUCGGCUCAGAGAGGCUUUGGAACAGAAGGGACUGAAACCAGAUUGUUUCUUCACUUUGCAUCAUGGGGAGUCUCGCCUUAUAUCUGCACAGGACGAAGACGUCUUUGACUGAUGUCCGCCGUUUUUGUGGCCCGUUUCUAUGGAUUUGUCUGUAACAAAGUGCAGUAAAUUCAUAACAUGCAGAAUCCCUGUUUUAAAAAAAAGUUGUAAUAAUUGCAUAUGUAUAUGCAGCCUGUAUCAACUAGAAAUCAAAACUAGGCCACAAUAUUGAAUGUUUGCACUGCCAUCACAUGGUCACUGGUAGGCAGUACUACCUACAGGAGCUGUGACUCCACUAGAAAAUUCUUUUAGUUUGCACGAGUUGGGUGAGGGGAGUGCAUUUUUAAAAGCAAAGAUCAGUUCUUCUCAUAGUUCAUAAAUAAGCAAAAGGUAUAAGAUUUACUUGAUUCUGGAAUCUGUACUUGGUUCUGUCUAGUAGUCAGUGUGGCAAAUGAAACAUGGUAAAAGUAUAUCAAACUUAUUGUAGACAACUAGAUUUUUAAAAUUUGAAAAGAAUUAAAAACACCAAAAACUUUUUGUAUUGCCAAACAAGUAAUCUUAUUUUGUGCAGCUCAGUAUUUGUGAAAUGCUAACUUGCAUUCUAGUGUGCAUUAUUGUGAUUGAAAUUUCGUGGUGUGCACACUGCUUUACACCGAAUGAGAGACAAAUUCUCUGCGGGUACAAUUUUACAGAUGAGAGGAUCUGGUUAAAAUACAUCUGCUGUGCUUAUAUCUUAAGUAAAGUUUUCUUUCAGGAUCUUAGAAGCUGUAAUAUGAAAAAAAAUACUAGAAGAUAGAGGAUUAUGUGGUGUAAUAAUAUUUCAACAUUGAUGUUAAGUCAUGCAACACUACAAAGACUUUUUUCUGAAUGUGCUACGAGAACCCAAAAUUGAGAGAUGCAAAAAUAGUUUAUCUAUUAUCACAGUCUGAAACUCUCAGCGACCGAGUGCCGAUAGCAAACGUGGAGCAGUGCUGUCUAGAUGUAGAAGUUGAGCUGGGUUCAGCUUCGUGCCUUGCAAAUAUUAUGCACUGCUGCAGGUUUAGACAUUUGGCUUUGAUGCUGUGAAACCACAGUUUCUUUCUUAUCAGUGUGAUCAUUUCCAUUUUUACCUUUCAGUUUUUAGCCAGAUGGGUUUGCGUCAAAGAGCAACAGUAGAUUAGUGUUUUUGAACACAAAUGAAGCAAAAUUCAGUUUAAUGCCUGAAUGUAUGAACACAUAACAGCACAAUGUUGAGCUCAUGUACUGCAGUAACAGGUUUAUAAAGGUAAAAAGAAAAAUGUUGUUUACAUGUCAGUGUCACUGAUUUACAGAAUAAAUAUUACU